AUGGAUCAUAUUAAAGUUCGUUUAGAAAAUUAUACUCGAAAGUUCCCUAAUGUUAUUUUAAUACGAACCUCACAAAGAGAGGGUUUAAUAAGAGCACGAAUCGUUGGUGCUAAAAAGGCAUCUGCCCCUGUUUUAGUUUUUCUCGACAGUCAUUGCGAAUGUACUGAAGGUUGGCUGGAACCUUUAUUAGAACGCUUGGUUGAAAAUCCAAAAAUAGUUGCUAGUCCAGUUAUUGAUCAUAUCGACCCAAACACAUUUGAAUAUAUUUCUCAAAACCCAAAAGACAUUUAUAUUGGAGGAUUUAACUGGAAUUUAAAAUUUAUAUGGAGAUCAAUAGAGUAUAAAAGAGAAAAUUUUCUGUUACCAAUCAAAACACCUACUAUAGCAGGGGGCUUAUUUGCCAUAGAUAAGGAGUUUUUUUACAGUAUAGGAUAUUAUGAUGAGGGUUUUGAUGUAUGGGGAGGGGAGAACUUAGAAUUGUCAUUUAAGGUGUGGAUGUGUGGUGGCUCUUUAGAAAUCGUUCCUUGUUCUCAUGUGGGACAUAUUUUUAGGGAAAAUUUUCCUUAUUACACUUCGGGAGAAACAUUUAAACGGAAUGCUGCGCGAUUGGCUGAGGUUUGGCUUGAUGAUUAUGCAAAAAUUUUCUACGAGAGAAUCGGUAAUGCGGAUGUUAGUUUUGGAGACGUUACCGCACAAAAAGAAUUAAGAAAGAAGUUAAAAUGCAAAUCAUUUAAUUGGUAUCUGCGUAAUGUUUAUCCUGAAAAGAAAAUACCAAAAAGUAAUGUAGCAAGUGGACAGAUUUACAAUAUUGGGAAAAGAGCUGUUUGUCUUGAUGCUUCUGUUACACCUCCACAAGUCACGGGUUUCAUUCACAUUAUGCCCUGUCAUGGUCAGGGGGGAAAUCAGUUUUGGGAAUAUACCAAAGGUGGAAAAAUUCAAAAUGAAGACUAUUGCCUUGAUUAUCUUUUUGGGUUAAUCACUCUUUUCUCAUGCCGCGAUCGAGCUGUGACACAAGUUUGGUUGUAUGAAACAAAGACUAAAUUUAUUCAACACAUACAGACACAACAAUGUAUUAAAAUAUUUAAAGAUAAAAAUGAACUUAUCCUGAAAAUGGCCGAAUGUAUAAAUGAUACAACACAAGUUUGGAAUAUGGAAAAUUAUAACAUUGAGAAUUUAGAUCCGGCGCUACAAAUAUAUGCCAAGAUGAAUAAUUAAAGGAAAUUUUGUUAACAAUCUGUAUUUUAUAUAAAUAAUAUA